AUGUGGGUGAUCUUACCCUUUAUCGCUAACAUCGUAAUCGGUGAAGAGGCUUUGACGUCUUCAGAAAGUCACGAUCUGCAGCUCACAUGUCCUCUUCACUAUGACAAUAAGUGUAACGAUCCUAUAAUGGAUCCACACGUCGCUUUUAAAUAUCGUUGUCAAAUAGUCUAUCCUCAUGAUGAGAAACUCUCUACUGUCGAAAUUAUGAAUUCUAGCACUUUAUUGGGCCUACUGCAGCAUACAGAUACGUACAAACGGAUGUGGUGCAUGGUAACGUUGUUCUAUGCUCCUACUUGUCCAUUCAGUGCUCUCAUUGCACCGUAUUUCAAUGCACUUCCAAAAAUGUACAACGGCAGUAUCAAGUUCAUAGCGUUAGAUGCGACGGAGUUCUCAAAGUUGAACUCGCGAUACGGUAUAUCUGGUACUCCAACCGUGAUGUUAUGGGUGAGCGGUGCUGCUGUAGCUAGGAUGGAGGAUCGAUCUCUGAAUGACAGUGGGCUUAUGGUGGAACGUCUCGUUGGAGAGCAUCUCAGUGGAAUUGAUCAGAUCAUUACUGACAUUUUUUGCUCGUCGGAGUACCACUUCGUAUGCACAAGGAGGAAAGGAGACUUUGUUGGUGCGAACAUGUUGCUCGAUGGUCAAAAAGGGGUUGACGACACACAUGUACUUCCUCCUCUUACGAUGGUUCUGUACCUUCUACGUGAUCGUAUCUUUGAAAAUGUAUACGUACGUAGUGCUCUUGCUUGGAUAUCCACACGAAUGGACGAUCUUAGUGGUUAUUUUGCUGUAGGACCAAGGGCCGAACCUUAA